CCCCAGCGCUUAUCCCUCAAGUGAGGCGGCGUUAGCCAGCGCAGCCCCAGCUCCCCGGGCUGAGCUCCCGGCGGCGCUGCCUAAUUCGCCAGCGGAGCCCCGAGCCGGGUUUCGAGGCACCCGGCCGGCAGCUGCCUCUUCCCCGGCCCCAGCAAGAGGGCUCCCUUUUCCCAAAGCCGGUCAGCCUGGGGAGGAGGGUGCUCCUAGAGGACGCCGACACCGCUUCCUGCUCCUCUCUCCCGCCGUGCCAGCUGCCUCACCGGCCACUUGCAGUGUCAAUUUUGUUUGGAGAUGGGUGCUGAGAUGUAAACUGACUGGUCACUCCAGGUAGCUUGUCUUACAGCAUCAGUUCUCUGUUGAUUCUCACAGCACGGGGCAAAGAAGAAAUCACUGGAUCAGAUAAAUCAGCACUUUGAUGGGACUGAUUGGACUGAAAAGGCAAGGUUGAAUGAGCAGAAGCUAUGUUUUGUGGGUUUUUUCCCUGAAGGAGUGAGGACAUCGUUGGAACACUUGAUCUUUUCUUGCAUUAAAAGGAUGAACAGUAUUGCGGCUUACAAGAAAGCUUGAGUUAUAGUUUUCUUCUUGGACAUUGAUGGAAACAUCUGAAUAAGAUCUGUCAUUGAGAGCGCUUGGAUUUUCCACAGGUCCUUCUCCCCAGAUAGCUGGUCAUGUUGAUGGAAAAGCUGAGACUCAGAGAGGGCUAGUGAUCUCCCGGACACUCGGUCAGUAGAAAGGAUCCCGCCCUGUCCUCCAGGAUCCCAUGGCCCUGGAGAGAGGGCUGCAGGGCCCAGGGACACUGCUGACUCUUCAGAACGUGCUGACAUGGAGCCAGGUAGACUGAAAUUACCAUGUGUCCAAAUUAAAAUUGCAUACUUCAAGGAUUAUUUGAAGGACUAUUCUUAGACCUUUUUAAGAAGAUUUAAAGAAAAUUUAUUUAUUUAUUUUGAGAGAAAGAGAGAGAGGGAGAGACAGAAUUCUAAGCAGGCCCCGUACUGCCAGCGCAGAGUCUGACGGGGGGCUCAAACUCAAAAACCGUGAGAUCAUGACCUGAGCCAAAAUCAAAAGCUGGAUGCUUAGCCGACUGAGCCACCCAGGAGCCCUUUCCUCUUAUUUUUAAAGACCACUCAGCCCUGAGUGCGGCGAGGACCCUGUUCGUGGAUGUGGAGGAGCGCGGGCCGGAGGCCAUGGACGUGAAGGAGAGGAAGCCGUACCGCUCGCUGACCCGGCGCCGCGACGCUGAGCGCCGCUACACCAGCUCGUCCGCGGACAGCGAGGAGGGCAAGGCUCCACAGAAGUCCUACAGCUCCAGCGAGACCCUGAAGGCCUACGACCAGGACGCCCGCCUGGCCUACGGCGGCCGAGUCAAGGACAUGGUGCCGCAAGAGGCCGAGGAGUUCUGCCGCGCAGGAGCCAACUUCACCCUGCGUGAGCUAGGGCUGGGAGAGGUGACGCCCCCUCAUGGCACCCUGUACCGGACAGACAUAGGCCUCCCACACUGCGGCUACUCCAUGGGGGCCAGCUCUGAUGCCGACGUUGAGGCCGACACUGUACUGUCCCCUGAGCAUCCCGUGCGGCUCUGGGGCCGGAGCACACGGUCGGGGCGCAGCUCCUGCCUGUCCAGCCGGGCCAACUCCAACCUCACGCUCACCGACACUGAGCACGAGAACACCGAGACCGGUGCUCCCUUGCAUUGUUCAUCCGCUUCAUCAACCCCUAUUGAGCAGUCCCCCUCCCCGCCCCCCUCCCCUCCGGCCAAUGAGAGCCAGAGGCGGUUGCUAGGCAGCGGUGUGGCCCAGCCAACCCCGGACUCAGACUCUGAGGAAGAGUUUGUCCCUAAUUCAUUCUUAGUUAAAAGUGGCUCCGCCAGCCUGGGGGUCGCGGCGAACGGAAGUCCCCUGAAAGGGGCACGGAAGCCACAAGGAAUCAGACCAUCAAAGGCUGCAAGGAGCCUCAGGAGAUCAUCUAUAAAAGACAGACAAAUUGAGGCCCAGAGAGAGGAAGGGACUUGCUCAAAGUCACAGAAUCACCCGGGCGGCCUGCAGAACCACCCGCGGCUCCGGACGCCGCCGCCGCCGCUCUCGCACGCGCACACGCCCAACCAGCACCACGCGGCCUCCAUCAACUCCCUGAACCGGGGCAACUUCACUCCGAGGAGCAACCCCAGCCCGGCCCCCACGGACCACUCGCUCUCCGGAGAGCCCCCCGCCGGCGGCGCCCAGGAGCCGGCCCACGCCCAGGACAACUGGCUGCUCAACAGCAACAUCCCCCUGGAGACCAGAAACCUAGGCAAGCAGCCAUUCCUAGGGACAUUGCAGGACAACCUCAUUGAGAUGGACAUUCUCAGCGCCUCCCGCCAUGAUGGGGCUUACAGUGACGGGCACUUCCUCUUCAAGCCGGGAGGCACCUCCCCACUCUUCUGCACCACCUCACCAGGGUACCCGCUGACGUCCAGCACGGUGUACUCCCCCCCGCCCCGGCCCCUGCCCCGCAGCACCUUUGCCCGGCCAGCCUUCAACCUCCAGAAGCCCUCCAAGUACUGUAACUGGAAGUGCGCGGCCCUGAGUGCCAUCGUCAUCUCAGCCACGCUGGUCAUCCUGCUGGCCUACUUCGUGGCCAUGCACCUGUUUGGCCUAAACUGGCACCUGCAGCCGAUGGAGGGGCAGAUGUAUGAAAUCACGGAGGACACAGCCAGCAGUUGGCCUGUGCCAACGGACGUCUCCCUGUAUCCAUCAGGGGGCACUGGGUUAGAGAUCCCUGACAGGAAAGGCAAAGGAGCCACAGAAGGAAAGCCCAGUAGUUUCUUUCCAGAGGACAGUUUCAUAGACUCUGGAGAAAUCGACGUGGGGAGACGGGCUUCGCAGAAGAUUCCUCCUGGCACUUUCUGGAGAUCUCAGGUGUUCAUAGACCAUCCUGUGCAUCUGAAAUUCAAUGUGUCCCUGGGAAAGGCAGCUCUGGUUGGCAUCUAUGGCAGAAAAGGCCUUCCUCCUUCACAUACACAGUUUGACUUUGUAGAGCUACUGGAUGGAAGGAGGCUCCUGACCCAGGAGGCACGGAGCCUCGAGGGACCCCAGCGCCAAUCUCGGGGAGUUGUCCCCCCAUCUAGUCACGAGACUGGCUUCAUCCAGUAUUUGGAUUCAGGAAUCUGGCACCUGGCUUUUUACAACGACGGGAAGGAGUCUGAAGUGGUUUCUUUUCUCACCACUGCCAUUGAGUCGGUGGAUAACUGCCCCAGCAACUGCUAUGGCAACGGCGACUGCAUCUCUGGGACCUGCCACUGCUUCUUGGGCUUCCUGGGCCCCGACUGUGGCAGAGCCUCCUGCCCUGUGCUGUGCAGUGGGAACGGCCAGUACAUGAAGGGCAGGUGCCUGUGCCACAGCGGCUGGAAGGGCGCCGAGUGCGACGUGCCCACCAACCAGUGUAUCGACGUGGCCUGCAGCAACCAUGGCACCUGCAUCAUGGGCACCUGCAUCUGCAACCCUGGCUACAAGGGCGAGAGCUGCGAGGAAGUGGACUGCAUGGACCCCACGUGUUCAGGCCGGGGUGUCUGCGUGAGAGGCGAGUGCCACUGUUCCGUGGGAUGGGGAGGCACCAACUGUGAGACGCCCAGAGCCACGUGCUUGGACCAGUGUUCAGGCCACGGAACCUUCUUCCCAGACACCGGCCUUUGCAGCUGUGACCCAAGCUGGACUGGACACGACUGUUCCAUUGAGAUCUGUGCUGCCGACUGUGGCGGCCACGGAGUCUGCGUGGGGGGCACCUGCCGCUGCGAGGAAGGCUGGAUGGGGGUGGCCUGCGACCAGCGGGCCUGCCACCCGCGCUGUGCGGAGCACGGGACGUGCCGCGACGGCAAGUGCGAGUGCAGCCCCGGCUGGAACGGCGAACACUGCACCAUCGCGCACUAUCUGGAUAGGGUAGUUAAAGAGGGUUGCCCUGGGUUGUGCAAUGGCAAUGGCAGAUGUACCUUGGACCUCAACGGGUGGCACUGUGUCUGCCAGCUGGGCUGGAGAGGAGCGGGCUGUGACACAUCCAUGGAAACCGCCUGUGGUGACAGCAAAGACAACGAUGGAGAUGGCUUGAUGGACUGCAUGGACCCCGACUGCUGCCUCCAGCCCCUCUGUCACGUCAGCCCGCUGUGCCUGGGCUCCCCCGACCCUCUGGACAUCAUCCAGGAGACACAGGCCCCCGUGUCCCAGCAGAACCUGCACUCCUUCUACGACCGCAUCAGGUUCCUCGUGGGCAGGGACAGCACACACAUCAUUCCGGGAGAGAACCCCUUUGACGGAGGGCAUGCGUGUGUCAUUCGUGGUCAAGUGAUGACAUCAGAUGGGACCCCACUGGUUGGUGUGAAUAUCAGCUUCGUCAAUAAUCCUCUCUUUGGAUACACAGUCAGCAGGCAAGAUGGCAGCUUUGACUUGGUCACAAAUGGCGGCAUCUCUAUCAUCCUCCGGUUUGAGCGGGCACCUUUCAUCACACAGGAGCACACCCUCUGGCUGCCUUGGGAUCGCUUCUUUGUCAUGGAAACCAUCAUCAUGCGACAUGAGGAGAAUGAGAUUCCCAGCUGUGACCUGAGCAACUUCGCCCGCCCCAACCCUGUCGUGUCUCCAUCCCCGCUGACGUCCUUUGCCAGCUCCUGUGCAGAGAAGGGCCCCAUCGUUCCAGAAAUUCAGGCUUUGCAGGAGGAAAUCGCUAUCUCUGGCUGCAAGAUGAGGUUGAGCUACCUUAGCAGCCGUACCCCUGGCUACAAAUCUGUCCUGAGGAUCAGCCUCACCCACCCUACCAUCCCCUUCAACCUCAUGAAGGUGCACCUCAUGGUGGCAGUGGAGGGCCGCCUCUUCAGGAAGUGGUUUGCUGCGGCCCCGGACUUGUCCUAUUACUUCAUCUGGGACAAGACAGAUGUCUACAACCAGAAGGUGUUCGGGCUCUCGGAAGCCUUCGUUUCCGUGGGUUAUGAGUAUGAAUCCUGCCCAGAUCUGAUCCUCUGGGAAAAAAGAACGGCAGUGCUGCAGGGAUAUGAAAUCGAUGCUUCUAAGCUGGGAGGAUGGAGCCUAGACAAACAUCAUGCCCUCAACAUCCAAAGUGGCAUCUUACACAAAGGGAAUGGGGAGAACCAGUUUGUGUCUCAGCAGCCACCCGUCAUCGGGAGCAUCAUGGGCAAUGGGCGCCGGAGAAGCAUCUCCUGCCCCAGCUGCAAUGGCCUUGCCGAUGGCAAUAAACUCCUGGCCCCCGUGGCCCUCACGUGCGGCUCUGACGGAAGCCUCUACGUGGGAGAUUUCAACUACAUCCGGAGGAUCUUCCCCUCUGGGAAUGUCACCAACAUCCUGGAGUUGAGAAAUAAAGAUUUCAGACAUAGUCACAGCCCAGCGCACAAAUACUACUUGACCACAGACCCCAUGAGCGGGGCUGUUUUCCUCUCGGACACCAACAGCCGGAGGGUCUUUAAGAUCAAGUCCACCGUGGUGGUGAAGGACCUUGUCAAGAACUCCGAGGUGGUCGCAGGAACAGGUGACCAGUGCCUCCCUUUUGAUGACACUCGCUGUGGGGAUGGUGGCAAGGCCACCGAAGCCACACUGACCAACCCCAGGGGCAUCACGGUGGACAAGUCUGGGCUGAUUUACUUCGUGGAUGGCACCAUGAUCAGACGCAUUGAUCAGAAUGGGGUCAUCUCCACCCUGCUGGGCUCCAAUGAUCUUACCUCAGCCCGGCCCCUCAGCUGUGACUCCGUCAUGGAUAUUUCUCAGGUUCGCCUGGAGUGGCCCACAGACUUAGCUAUCAACCCGAUGGACAACUCUCUCUACGUCCUUGACAACAAUGUGGUCCUGCAAAUCUCUGAAAACCACCAGGUGCGCAUUGUCGCCGGGAGACCCAUGCACUGCCAGGUCCCCGGCAUCGACCACUUCCUGCUAAGCAAGGUGGCCAUCCACGCAACCCUGGAGUCUGCCACAGCCUUGGCCGUCUCACACAAUGGGGUCCUGUACAUUGCUGAGACCGAUGAGAAGAAGACCAACCGCAUCAGGCAGGUCACCACUAGCGGAGAGAUCUCGCUGGUUGCUGGAGCCCCCAGUGGCUGUGAUUGCAAAAAUGAUGCCAACUGUGACUGUUUCUCUGGAGAUGAUGGCUACGCCAAGGAUGCAAAGCUGAAUACCCCAUCUUCCUUGGCUGUGUGUGCCGACGGGGAACUUUAUGUGGCUGACCUGGGGAAUAUCCGAAUUCGGUUUAUCAGGAAGAACAAGCCUUUCCUCAACACCCAGAACAUGUAUGAGCUGUCCUCACCAAUCGACCAGGAGCUCUACCUGUUUGAUACCAGUGGAAAGCAUCUGUACACACAGAGUCUGCCCACAGGAGAUUACCUGUACAACUUCACCUACACUGGAGACGGCGAUGUCACACUCAUCACAGACAACAACGGCAACAUGGUGAACGUCCGCCGAGACUCUACCGGGAUGCCCCUCUGGCUGGUGGUCCCAGAUGGCCAGGUGUACUGGGUGACCAUGGGCACCAACAGUGCACUCAAGAGUGUGACCACGCAAGGACAUGAGUUGGCCAUGAUGACGUACCAUGGCAACUCUGGCCUUCUGGCAACCAAAAGCAAUGAAAAUGGAUGGACAACAUUUUACGAGUAUGACAGCUUUGGCCGCCUGACAAAUGUGACCUUCCCCACUGGCCAGGUGAGCAGUUUCCGAAGCGAUACAGACAGCUCAGUGCAUGUCCAGGUAGAGACCUCCAGCAAGGAUGAUGUCACCAUAACCACCAACCUGUCUGCUUCCGGUGCCUUCUAUACACUGCUGCAAGACCAGGUCCGCAACAGCUACUACAUCGGGGCAGACGGCUCCCUGCGGCUGCUGCUGGCCAACGGCAUGGAGGUGGCACUGCAGACAGAGCCCCAUCUGCUGGCCGGCACGGUCAACCCCACUGUGGGCAAGCGGAACGUCACGCUGCCCAUCGACAACGGCCUCAACCUGGUGGAGUGGCGGCAGCGCAAGGAGCAGGCGCGGGGCCAGGUCACCGUGUUCGGGCGCCGGCUGCGGGUUCACAACCGGAACCUCCUGUCCCUGGACUUUGACCGUGUGACCCGCACAGAGAAGAUCUAUGAUGACCACCGCAAGUUCACCCUCCGGAUCCUGUACGACCAGGCAGGGCGGCCCAGCCUCUGGUCACCCAGCAGCAGGCUGAAUGGUGUCAAUGUGACAUACUCCCCAGGGGGCCAUAUCGCUGGCAUCCAGAGAGGCAUCAUGUCUGAGAGGAUGGAAUAUGACCAGGCGGGUCGCAUCACAUCCAGGAUCUUUGCUGAUGGGAAGACGUGGACCUACACAUACUUAGAGAAGUCCAUGGUACUGCUCCUCCACAGCCAGCGGCAAUACAUCUUUGAGUUCGACAAGAAUGACCGCCUCUCUUCUGUGACCAUGCCCAACGUGGCCCGGCAGACGCUAGAGACCAUUCGCUCAGUGGGCUACUACAGGAACAUCUACCAGCCCCCUGAAGGCAAUGCCUCGGUCAUCCAGGACUUCACUGAGGACGGGCACCUCCUCCACACCUUCUACCUGGGCACCGGCCGCAGGGUCAUAUACAAGUAUGGCAAACUGUCAAAGCUAGCCGAGAUGCUGUAUGACACCACCAAGGUGAGCUUCACCUAUGACGAGACAGCAGGCAUGCUGAAGACCAUCAACCUACAGAAUGAGGGCUUCACCUGCACCAUCCGCUACCGUCAAAUUGGGCCUCUGAUCGACCGCCAGAUCUUCCGCUUCACCGAGGAAGGCAUGGUCAAUGCUCGUUUUGACUAUAACUAUGACAACAGUUUCCGGGUGACCAGCAUGCAGGCUGUGAUCAAUGAGACCCCGCUGCCCAUCGAUCUCUAUCGCUAUGAUGAUGUGUCAGGGAAGACAGAGCAGUUUGGGAAGUUUGGUGUCAUCUACUAUGACAUUAACCAGAUCAUCACUACAGCGGUCAUGACCCACACCAAACACUUUGACGCAUACGGCCGGAUGAAGGAAGUGCAAUAUGAGAUUUUCCGCUCACUCAUGUACUGGAUGACCGUCCAGUAUGAUAACAUGGGGCGAGUAGUGAAGAAGGAGCUGAAGGUGGGACCCUAUGCCAAUACCACCCGCUACUCCUAUGAGUACGACGCUGAUGGCCAACUACAGACGGUCUCCAUCAAUGACAAGCCGCUCUGGCGCUACAGCUAUGACCUCAAUGGGAACCUGCACUUACUGAGCCCUGGGAACAGUGCACGGCUCACCCCGCUAAGGUAUGACCUCCGUGACCGCAUCACUAGGCUGGGUGAUGUGCAGUACAAGAUGGACGAGGAUGGCUUCCUGAGGCAGCGGGGCGGGGACGUCUUUGAGUACAACUCAGCUGGCCUGCUCAUCAAGGCCUACAACCGGGCCGGUGGCUGGAGCGUCAGGUACCGUUACGAUGGCCUGGGGCGGCGGGUGUCCAGCAAGAGUAGCCACAGCCACCACCUGCAGUUCUUCUAUGCAGACCUGACCAACCCCACCAAGGUCACCCACCUUUACAACCACUCCAGCUCCGAGAUCACCUCCCUCUACUAUGAUCUGCAAGGGCACCUCUUUGCCAUGGAGCUGAGCAGCGGUGAUGAGUUUUACAUAGCUUGUGACAACAUCGGGACCCCUCUUGCUGUCUUCAGUGGAACAGGUUUGAUGAUCAAGCAGAUUCUAUACACUGCCUAUGGAGAGAUCUACAUGGACACCAACCCCAACUUUCAGAUCAUCAUCGGCUACCAUGGUGGCCUCUACGAUCCACUCACCAAGCUCAUCCACAUGGGCCGGCGGGAUUAUGAUGUGCUGGCUGGUCGCUGGACUAGCCCAGACCACGAGUUGUGGAAACACCUUACUAGCAGCAACAUCAUGCCUUUCAAUCUCUACAUGUUUAAAAACAACAACCCCAUCAGCAACUCUCAGGACAUCAAGUGCUUCAUGACAGAUGUCAACAGCUGGCUCCUCACCUUUGGAUUCCAGCUGCACAAUGUGAUUCCUGGCUACCCCAAGCCAGACAUGGACGCCAUGGAACCAUCCUACGAGCUCGUCCACACACAGAUGAAAACUCAGGAGUGGGACAACAGCAAGUCUAUCCUCGGGGUACAGUGUGAGGUGCAGAAGCAGCUCAAGGCCUUUGUCACCCUAGAACGUUUUGACCAGCUCUACGGCUCCACAAUCACCAGCUGCCAACAGGCCCCAGAGACAAAGAAGUUUGCAUCCAGUGGCUCGGUCUUUGGCAAGGGGGUCAAGUUUGCCUUGAAGGAUGGCCGAGUGACCACAGACAUCAUCAGUGUGGCCAACGAAGACGGGCGGAGGGUUGCUGCCAUCUUGAACAACGCCCACUACCUGGAGAACCUGCACUUCACCAUUGACGGGAUGGACACCCACUACUUUGUGAAACCAGGGCCCUCGGAAGGCGACCUGGCCAUCCUGGGCCUCAGUGGGGGGCGGCGAACCCUGGAGAACGGGGUCAACGUCACGGUGUCCCAGAUCAACACGAUGCUCAAUGGCAGGACUAGACGCUACACAGACAUCCAGCUCCAGUAUGGGGCACUGUGCUUGAGCACUCGCUACGGGACCACAUUGGAUGAGGAGAAGGCGCGGGUGCUGGAGCUGGCCCGGCAGAGAGCCGUGCGCCAGGCGUGGGCCCGCGAGCAGCAGCGACUCCGGGAAGGGGAGGAAGGCCUGCGGGCCUGGACAGAGGGGGAGAAGCAGCAGGCGCUGAACACGGGGCGGGUUCAAGGCUACGAUGGCUUCUUCGUGAUCUCCGUGGAGCAGUACCCGGAACUGUCAGACAGCGCCAACAACAUCCACUUCAUGAGACAGAGCGAGAUGGGCCGGAGGUGACAGAGAGGUCCGCGGCCUGCACUUCUUGCCAAAGACAGCUACUCUUUCGUGGCCACACACCUGACUGUGUUGUACUUAAAAAAAAAAAAAAAAAAAAAAAAAAAAAAAAUCCUUUUUUUAACAAGUGCAGAAAACAAACCAACACACACAAAAAAGAUACUGGUUGCAUUGUAACUCAUGCAACAUCCUUUUUUUUAAGAAAAGAAAAACACAGAUUUGGCCUUCACACAUUUUUUGCAAAGAACAGAAGGUAUUUUUUUCUGUAGUGUGAUCACAAUGAAAACUUUAUUGUCUCUUGUUCCCUUUCUCCUUGAGGAGUUUUCCUUGUUGUUGGGGUACAUUUCUCCUCUCAGACACAUCUCCUGAGGUGUGUCCUUGUCUGUCCCUAGGUACCCAGUGUGAUGUGAGACACAAGUGUCUGUGCUAACUUGUCUCAUGUGCAACCCUUUCUUCCAUGGGGGUCGGGCAGGAGUGAGGGGUGUAGAGAGUGACGGGCUAGUACCGAACUACUGAGGGGGCCCGGAAGGAGGGUCUGCAGGACCUGAGGAUUUUUGGCUCAGCUCCCACAGACGAGUGGCGGCUUUUGACUCACCAUGUUCUGUGCCUCUGGAGGACCACAGAUGUCUUCAUCUUGCUCUGGGGACUUUUGUGAUAUCAUUUAGCACCUGUUCCAAGCUGCCCCAAACUCCUGUCCAAGCUUUAUAUUUUGAUGCUAAAUGCAACCCCCUACCCCUUUUGCAAAUCCUGUGUAGUUGUCGGUGCCACCCCCAUGCUGGGAUGGAGAAAGUGUCCCCCAGGUCCCUUCCCCCAGUCUGGUGACGUAACAUCCUGGGGCUAAGAGCCUCACCCUCCCAUAGAGGCGAGGCACCCAGGAUGUCUGUGGUUGGUUGGUCUUCCCAUGAUGUUCCUUAUUACUCAUCGCCUCCUCUCUCCCAGAGUCAGAUGCGAGAACCGGCAAGCCCUCCACGUGAGCACAAGGUCCAGGGAGGGGCAGGCCACCCAUGGCAAAAGGAGGGCAGUGGCAGCAAGGGUACCAGCCUGCCUUCCCAGGUGAACCUCUCUCCCCAUGACUGUGGGUAUCCUCCCUCCACUGUUCAGCUCCACCACUGAGAAACAGGAGUGUGGAGAGAGGUGUUUGGUGGCCGUUGAUUCUGGAAAGAUGCUUAAGAAGAAGUCAGCCAAAGAGAGGAAGGCAUAAGCCAAGCAUCUUCUAACCAGCUCCUGAAGGCUCCUCUGCCUCCCAUACAUGAGCCAGUAGCACAGCUGGGAGGCAGCAGGGUCAGCGUUCAGGAAAUUCCUUCUGUGAAGUUCUUCUAAAACAGCUUCCCCUCUGGAGGAGUCCAUCCCGGGUUUCAAAGAGAGACUGAGGAGAAAGGAGGGAAGAGCUAAUUUGGUGUGGCCUGGCAAGGUCAUCCAACCCCCUCCCCCUCCCCCUCCCCCACCCUGCUGCCCCAGGUUUGGGACCUGUUCCUGAGGCCGGUACCCACAGAUCAGGGAGGCCAGGCUACAGCUGUCCCUGGGAAGACCCAUGCCUGAGGUCACUGGGAAGAGGCAUACGCUCUCUCGCCUUCUUGGAAGUGGGCACGCCCAAGAGCAGCCAUCAGGCUAGGGAAGCAUUGAGGGGAGGGGACAGCCACAGCAAGAGCGAGGAGCUCCUUGCUCCUGGUUCAUCUGCCUAAUUACCAUCAUCAUUACCACUCACAGGAGGUUCUGGGAGACCAGGAGGGGAAGCCAAAUGCUUCCUUUUGAGCUGGGCUUCUUAUAAAAUGGGACUUUUAUGGGUUACAUUUACAUUAAGUGUGGAAAAUGAAUUCUGAGUCUGAGCUAUCCCCCGUGGAAACCUUGUUGGACUGAUAAGCUCAUGGCACCUUUAUAGCCUUACUCACAGAGUCUUCAGAAUAUUACACGAGUUAAUGAAACCAAGAAGGUCUUUGCUGUGUGAGAACCGGAGCAGCAUGUAGCCUGGGUUCUGCCUGGCAGAGGGAGGCACCCGCCGCUUCUCGGGAGAGGAGGUUUCGCCUUACAUCAUCCCACUGGGAUUAGAGGAUAUGUUUCGCUAAGUGCUCUUCCUGCUUCCACAAAAGUCACACUGCUGCGACAGUGCACCUUGGCCCGUAUGCCCACUGGUUGCCCAGUGCCUCUGGGUACAGAGCUCUGCUGAGUCAGAUGCAGUAUUCCUCGGGCCUGCUGUGUGUGGUCCCUGGGAGCUGGUGGUGGACUCCCAUCUGGCAGGAUCGUUCUUGGACGGGAUGGAAAGCAGUUUGGCCUGAAGAACACGUUUGUUUUUUAAAUCCAAAAUAGACUGAUGCCUCUCAAAACAUACUCUUGAUACAAGGAGCCCUUGGGUGAAGCUCUCGUGCCCAUUAGCCUAGCUGAUCGGUUCUAUCUUGGCUACCUGACAUCAGUCGAGACCUGCUGGGGACAUCUACUUGAAGGUCAGAGCCAACAUGAGAGCCAAGGGAAUCAUCUCCCUACACCGUCCCCACCCUCUGAACCCUCCACCCCCACCCCCCACCAAAGUAAUAGGAUGGACCUGUAAAGAUCAAAAACACAAAAUUAUUGCAUGUUCCUUCACGUUUUGCCUUUCCUGGGCUCCACACCACCACGGAGGCCCAGCAUCAGUACGGGGAGAAGUUGAAGCAUUCUUUCUUUAGAGAAAAGAUCUCAGGUGUGGCGUAGGCAGCAUCACGCACUGUGGUUUCACAUCGGUACUGUUGCUCCUGGAGACGGUGCUUCUGGCCUGGCCUUUUGGAGUGGGCUCCCAUUAGGGCUGGCAGGUGACAUGGCACCGCCCUUCUCAGUCUGUCCUUCUGCUGAGACCAGCAGCCCCAAUCUCACAGCAAGAGUGAGUCUGAAGGCAUAAGCCAGAGUUCCCCAUGCCCACCGAGUGGCCUCUGAGCAUCAAAUCCCACCCUCGAUGGCACCUGCCCUUUUAGCACUAAGCUACUCAAAGUGUCCAUUUCUUGGAGAAACCAGCCUUCCCUCACUGGCCCAGGUUCACGAUUCUGCAGGAUGUUGCCCUAGCAAAGGGUUUGUUUUGGAAGAGUUCCUGCCUUCUCCCCUGCCUUCCACGGGUACCAUCGCCCCCUGAUCCUCAGCCUCUCUGCCAUUGCUUUAAACAGGACUUAUUCCCCAGCUCUGUUUUUCGUAAGAUGAGAUUCCCUUUUUUUACCCAGCCUCCAGACAGACAUCAUUGGAGGGCAGAGCUAUGACAAGGGAAUGAAGGGGAAGAAACUCUGGGGUAAAUUGCACCUUUAUCAGCCCCUGAUGCUGGUCUCUCAGAAUUGCUGGCUGAGAACCCAAGGAACAGCCCAGUGCCUGAUUUCCACCUAGGGAUGGAAAAUUUGAAACAAUCCCUAGGAAACUGACCAGAAGUUGAGAAUGGUUUUAAAUAAUCAGGACGGGGUGGGGCAGAAGCAGAAGGUGACGGUGAGGCAAAGGAAGGUAACACUGGGCAGUGUUUUCAUAGACACAUAACAAAGAAUCACAUUUGCUUGAAAAAAAAAUUAUAAAGGACCUUUUCAGCUGUGACUUGUAAGUACCACCUUUGUAGGUGGCUGUUUCCAUUAUGCAAAGAUCGGGCUUUCGGUGUGAAGUCUUAGAAUGCAGGUUCACAUCUGCAGCCUCGUGUUUGUGGUUGCCACGUGGUGAGGGUAGGGAUGCUGAGCUUGGCGCCCAGGAGGAAGGAGCUUGCCAGGACUCUGCAGGAUCCUGGGCUUUGGGGUUUGACAUCCCUGGUGCUCAAAGUCGGAUCUAUUCUCCAUUCCUCGUAGCAGCCACUAAGCCCAGUCCAUGCCUUCUGGUCCUGAGCUGGGGCCUGCCUCCUGAGGGGUUCCAGAAAGAACCCAGUCUCCUCUUUCUGUUGGGAUCCUUGUUACAACAAAAAGCCCUCCACUUGAGGCUCAUAAUUCCCAGCUAGGUUUAUACACUUGUCUAUAUUUUAUUGGAAGGGACGGGGUUAAAAGAAAGAACUCUGUAGUUCAAGACCCUUUCAUUUAACCGUCAGAAAACAGCAAACUCAUUUUAAAGACUCAUUGCUCAGGUGAUAGAAACUUUAUCCUCUCCAACCUUUACAUUCUCAAAAACCAGCCCUGUGUACUUGACCGCCCCAGACAGCGGUGAGCUCUUAGGUUUCAUCAUGAAUGUGGAAGAUCAGAGGGGGGGGAGGCCUCGGUGGGGCUCAUGUUGGGUUUCUUACCCCCUCUGGAAUGCCAAAGGCAUGACACUGGGUGACUCCUCAGUCCCCAAGAACAUGUGAUUGAUUCUGAGGGCCAACUGCCAACGGAGAACCAGCCCUCAGGCAGGCUCAGCCAUUCCUGCAGAAGCUGGGUCACAGAUGUCUGGUGGGGCCCGGCAACCCUGGUUUCACCCAACACCAGAAUCCCACUUUUCUAAACCCACCUGUUCUUGAACACUUCUGAACCCGCAGCUUUGGCAAAAGGACUGUCCCAAGCUGCCUUUGGACGACCAACACUGGAGACUCUGGCCUUACCAUGUGGAAAUAGUUUUCCUGAAGUCUGGAACUAAUUUUGAGAAGUUUUUUUCUCGACACUUUUGUGUUUCUAACACUGUAUUCUUGACUGUGUAAAUACCGACAAGGCUGUAAAUAAAUGCAGAUGUAGAUACCUUCUAGAAAAAGAAAAAAAAGGCAUAAAAACAAAACCAGAAGUGAUCCCGUGUAGCCUUCGUUGACAAAUAAAAGAAUAUUUUGUGUUUAA